UCACACAAAAGCUGUCUGACACCAGGCUUGAGAAUGCAUGUGGUUCAGCAUUCCUCCCAGCCCAAAGUCAUGCUGGAGGAGGACAGGGAGUCUGGGAUCGGAUCCUCCCUUGACCUCACAGGGAGCUCUGAGGGCUACAGUGAACAUCCCAAUCACCUUUUCACCGUACUGUCAAUUAAAACGUCUGACAGAGUCCACAGAGAAAAAGAAAGCUCUCUGCACAUCACAGCUGUGAGUCCAGGCAAGAUCAAGCAGCUCCUUAUCAACCUAUCAAAGAUCCCUCUUCUUUUCAUCCUCCUCUUCCUCUUCAUUUGCUCUUUGGACACAUUAAGCUCUGCCUUCCAGUUAGCAGGGGGUAAAGUGGCGGGGGACAUUUUCCAGGACAAUGCCAUGCUUUCCAACCCUGUGGCAGGGCUGGUGGUGGGGAUCUUAGUCACAGUCCUGGUUCAGAGCUCAUCAACCUCCACCUCCAUUGUUGUCAGUCUGGUGGCCUCAGGAUUGUUGGAGGUGAAGUUGGCCGUCCCAGUUAUCAUGGGCUCCAAUAUUGGAACCUCUGUCACCAACACCAUGGUGGCCAUGAUGCAGGCUGCAGAGAGAAAUGAGUUUCAACGGGCCUUUGCCGGAGCAACAGUCCAUGACUGCUUUAACUGGCUGUCGGUCCUGGUGCUGUUGCCUCUGGAGGUGGUGAGCGGGAUGAUCACCCAGCUGUCCCAGCGGCUGGUCAGCGUCUUUAGACUGCAGCCUGGAGAGGAAGCACCUGAGCUACUGAAGGUUAUUACUGAGCCGGUCACCAAGCUCAUUAUACAGCUGGACAAAUGUGUGAUCACAGGGAUCGCUAUGGGAAAUGAGGGCAUGAGGAACCGGAGCUUGGUGAAAGAGUGGUGCCAGGCUGACACAGCAUUGUCUGCUGCCAAUAAAAGUGUUGAAAACUGUGGUCUCAGUUUUGACUCAUCGUCAACACAUGUCAAGUGCCGACAUUUGUUUGCAUCCACAGAGCUGUCAGAUCUCUCAGUGGGCCUGAUUCUCCUGGCAGCCUCUCUGGUCGUCCUCUGCACAUGUCUGCUGCUUCUGGUCAAACUGCUCAACUCUAUUCUUCAAGGCCAAGUGGCAAAGGUCAUCCAUAAAGUCAUUAACACAGACCUGCCACAUCCAUUUGGAUGGCUAGCAGGGUACAUUGCCAUGUUUGUUGGAGCAGGGGUUACAUUUCUGGUCCAGAGUAGCUCCGUUUUCACCUCAACUAUGACUCCACUAGUAGGAAUUGGUGUCAUCAGUCUGGAACGGGCCUAUCCUCUCACACUGGGUUCCAACAUGGGCACCACUGCUACAGCCUUACUGGCAGCUCUGGCCAGUCCUGGGAACAAACUAGCAGCCUCCAUUCAGAUUGCUCUUUGUCACCUCUUCUUCAAUGUUUUUGGCAUCCUGCUGUGGUAUCCUGUUCCAUUCAUGCGUCUGCCCAUAAGGAUGGCUAAUGUUCUGGGUGAACGCACUGCCAAAUACCGCUGGUUUGCAGUCCUGUACCUCCUCCUCUGUUUCCUGCUCCUUCCUUCCCUGGUACUGGGCCUCUCGCUGGCCGGCUGGCGGGUGAUGGCUGGAGUCGGGGGUCCUUUUUUGGGUGUCACUAUCUUCAUUGCUGCAGUAAAUAUGAUGCAGGCUCACAGUCCCCGGUAUCUACCCACUAAACUCCAGACCUGGGACUUCCUGCCCAAGUGGAUGCAUUCUCUCAAACCCCUUGACCGCUUGAUCACCAAGGCAACUGUCUGCUGCAGCUUCAGUUGUGAGGCGGGUCAGAACGAAGAGCAGGGGGACGAAGAGCCGAUCUCACCGCACACAGUGUCUGUCAGAAUGCAGGAUGAGUUCGCUUCGUCUCAGAGGAAAGAACAGCUGACUCACAGUAACCCAGUUCUGGACUGCUUGGAAGAGAUCAGACCAGGUGUGGCAGUUUUUAAAUUAAAAGGCUUGGAGAGGUGCAACAGUACUCCACUGUAGUUGGACAAAAACAAACACUUUGAAAACCUACAAUUUGUAAAAAUGUUUUUAUUCUAACAUUUCGGAAACAAAAAAGCUUAUUUUCCUGAAGUCAUGCUGAAUAUACUAUAGUGAGUAUGAAAUGUUAAUUUGCCUCAUUUAUUGUGUAAGCUGUGACAUAUCCACAGGGUGUAGUCAUCUAUCCAUCCAAUCAAGACUCAAAUGUACAGGUCCUUCUCAAAAUAUUAGCAUAUUGUGAUAAAGUUAAUUAUUUUCCAUAAUGUAAUGAUGA